AUGGAAUGGACACCAUCCUUCACAUGGACGAGCUUCAUGGCUCCGCCCCAGGCCCGCUCCUGUGCCAGCAGCGCGGCCGCGACCCGGCCCUCGCCUGCCUCCCCCCUCUCCCUGGCCACGGACCUCCCGGCCCCAGACCACAGCAUCUCCAGCGAGCUCACCCCCCGCCAGGUGGUGGAGCUUCUGGACCGCUACAUCGUGGGCCAGGCCGCCGCCAAGAAGGCCGUGGCCAACGCGCUGCGCAGCCGCUGGCGCCGGCACAAGGUGGCCAGUCCCAUGCGCGAGGAGAUUGUGCCCAAGAAUAUCCUCAUGAUCGGCCCCACGGGCUGCGGCAAGACGGAGAUCGCUCGGCGCCUGGCCAAGCUGGCGGACGCGCCCUUUGUGAAGGUGGAGGCCACCAAGUUUACAGAGGUCGGGUUCCACGGACGGGAUGUGGACUCCAUCAUCCGCGACCUGGUUGACAACGCCAUCGUCAUGAUCAAGCAGCGCAUGAAGCGGGAAGCGCAGGCGGCCAUCGAUGCGGCGGUGGAGGACCGGAUAAUAUCUGCGCUCCUGGGCGAGAAUGUGACGCAGGAGACGCGCAGCUCCUUCCGCGAGCUCUACAGGUGCUCCGGGCUGCUGUCGGGGUUGUGUGCUGGGCUGCCGCCUAAGGGUGGUUGGCAGGGCGGGAACAACGACAUGGUGGUCCGGGUGGACAAGCUGUUCGGGCGUGGGCGUGACUCCAAGCGGCGCAUGCGCGUGUCGGAGGCGCGGCCCCUGCUGGAGGAUGCGGAGGCCGAGAAGCUGGUGAGCAGCGAGGUCGUGCUGCGCGACGCCAUCGCCGCCGCGGAGCAGGACGGCAUCGUGUUCAUCGACGAGAUCGACAAGAUCGUGUCCUCGGCCGAGAACCGGUACGGCGCCGACGCUUCCAGCGAGGGCGUGCAGCGCGACCUGCUGCCCAUCAUCGAGGGCAGCGUGGUCUCCACCAAGCACGGCAACGUGUCCACCGACCACAUGCUGUUCAUCGCGUCGGGGGCCUUCCACUCCUGCAAGCCCUCCGACAUGAUGGCGGAGCUGCAGGGCCGCCUGCCCGUCCGCGUGGAGCUCAAGGGCCUCACGCAGGACGACUUCCACCGUAUCCUGACAGAGCCGGAGAGUAACAUGCUGCGCCGGCAGGCGGCGCUGCUGGCCACGGAGGGCAUCUCGCUGCGCUUCACCGACGCGGCAGUGCGCGAGAUCGCGCGCACCGCGGAGGAGGUCAACGCCAGCGUGGACAACAUCGGCGCGCGGCGCCUGCACACCAUCAUCGAGCGCAUCGUGGAGGACGUGUCCUUCGAGGCCCCGGAGCUGGUGCGCGCGGGGUGGACGGACUCCGGGAGUAGACCGAUGGAAGUGGUGGUGGACCGGGAGGACAUCGUGAAGAAGCUGGAGGACCUGCUGAAGAAACAGGACCUCAGUCGAUAUGUCUUGUGA